AUGUAUAACGAUCUGAUUUUAUCUUCUUAUUCCACAGCUUGGUGUACAAAGCCCAUCAUAGAGAAUGUGUACAAUAUCUCUGAAAACAAGGAUUAUUAUAAUAAUGGAGAAGAGGUGGAAGUGCGAUGUAAUCCUGGAUAUUAUCCAUCAUCUGACACAAUGAGAUGUGACAACCCCCAAACCUCCCGGGAGUGGACUCCUCCCAUUAUUACCUGUAUAGGAGUCACAAUGACGGAUUGGAGAGUCACCUCAUCCAGUAUCAGCGUCCGGAUCUCCUGCACUCCUCAAUGUCCCGAUACCUGGAGAUUUGCUGUGGAAUGUUGUGCUGAGCCGGAUAAUAAUGGACCAUGUACAACUUCACAGGAUAAAAAUGUGACCUUCACCGAUCUACAGCCGUCCUCUCAGUAUAGAAUAGAGACCGAGAUUUCUACAGACCAGAAAACAUACAAUCUGGAGCCCAUAGAUAUCCGGACGGUGGACUCAGCUCAGUGUGAGAAGCCGACCAUAGAGAAUGUGUCCAGUCUAUAUAUAGACAAGGAGUAUUAUAAUAAUGGAGAUUCGGUGACAGUAUGGUGUAAAUCUGGAUAUCGUCCAUCAUAUUACACAAUGAGAUGUGACAACCCCCCAGAGUGGACUCCUCCCCCUGUUACCUGUACAGCUCAGUGUGAGAAGCCGACCCUAGACAAUGUGAACAGACUCUCCAUAGACAAGGGGUAUUAUAAUAAGGGAGAUUCGGUGACAGUAUGGUGUAAAUCUGCAUAUUAUCCAUCAGCUUACACAAUGACAUGUGACAACCCUCCAGAGUGGACUCCUCCCCCUGUUACCUGUACAGGUGAGAACAACAACACAGGACACUCCCAUCAUAUAUACAGUAUGAGAACUCAACUACAGUAUGUAUAGUCCGUACAAGAUUACACUUUUAGGAGCUCAUUAAUUAAAUACGA